UCUUAUGUUUGGAUAAUCUGGGAGAUAUUUUUCAGCAUUGCACAUAUAAAUUUGUAAGAGAAAAGGAAAUCCAGAUUCAAGAUCAGCCUCAUAAAAAAAGCCAAAAAAAAAAAAAGUGAAGAGAAGCAAGCAAGAGAAAGAGAAUAUCACUGAAAGAGGCAAAACGUCGAAUACAUGGCGUGCAGGAUAGUCUUACGAACGGUUUUCUCUACGGAACCAUGGCUGCUACCAUCUUCUUCGAACCGAUUUCCUCCCAUUAGGCCGUCCCAGGCUCAUCAUCAGCUGAAAAUGGGUUCGGGUUUUCGGGAUAACGAGACCCAUUUCUUCCACAGGCUUAGUUGCUCUGCUCAGGAUGACCAAGGUCCCCCGCAAGAAGCUGUUCUCAAAGCCAUUUCUGAAGUUUCAAAGACGGAAGGAAGGGUCGGACAAACUACAAAUGUUGUCAUUGGAGGGACAGUAACUGAUGACUCUACCAAUGAAUGGCUGGAUUUGGACCAAAAGGUGAACUCAUACCCUACAGUAAGAGGAUUUACAGCUAUUGGAACUGGUGGCGAGGAUUUUGUUCAUUCAAUGGUCGUAGCUGUUGAGUCGGUCCUUCAGCAACCCAUCCCCGAGCUAACAACAAGGAUGAGGGAGAUGGAAACGAGGAAAGCGAUACAGAGGAACUUGCUGAAGCAGAGGAAGAGGAGGAGUCUGACUUGGACUUAGCUUGGAAAAUGCUUGAUCUUGCUAGGGCCAUUUCGGAAAAGCACUCUAGGGAGACAAUGGACAAUCCAAGAACAAUCCAAAUUCCAAACUUUAAACUUGAAAAGCAGAGCAAUAAUCAAGAACAAUCCAGAUUCCAGAACAAUCCAGAACAACUUAAAAAGCAGACAAUGAAAUUUAAACAAACAACAAUUAAAUUUAAGCAAACAACAAACAACAAUCCAGAAAA